GUCAUGUUGAGCUUCUGUCGUGAAUUAUUAAGAAAUAAUAUUGUGUGUAAGUGUUUGUGAGUGAGUGACUAGUGUUUUAUUGCCAAGAAAUAUUAAAGAAACUAAAGGUGAGAUGAUAAUUACCAAUGACAAAUACUUGAUGAGCGAAAGUAGUGGUACCUACUAUAGUGUUCAAAUGAAAUUGGUAAUCAAGAAGUUUCACAAAACUGAUCUUGGAGGAUACAAGUGCAUAUCCAAAAAUUCCAUUGGAGAUGCUGAAGGCAACAUCAGAUUAUACGAAAUGGAACUACCCUACAGAGCCAAAAGCGCCCUGGACCGCCUCGACCUAGAAACAGAUUCCAGCUCCGACCAAAAUUCAAAUGAAGAAGACGAAGGCCAAUCCGAAAACCGUUUAUAUAGUGGGUACCAAGGACCCCUUAGAGAACAGGGUCCCAUGGAGGUCCAGAAGGCACAUCUAAUGAUUCCACAUCCAUUUCAAUCAGAACGAUACACAAAUUUCUGA